AUGAACAGACACUAGAGGCCGUUAUUUUUAGCCUCCAUCAUCGCGCCGUUUGUUUUUUUGCGCUUUCGCGUGAUCUUUUAUUAUAAUUAUCAUAAUACCAAUAAUACUGCUAAUAAUAUUUUUUAAACAAUAACGAGUUCUUCAGAUCUCUAUGGCAACAUCGACACGUCGUAGCAUCAUUGAUCGGCGACGGGAAGGGCCGCUCUUAUCGCAUAUUUAUUUAUUUCCCUGGGCCUCGUGCGCGCGCGCCGCGACGUUGUGGGAAACGUGAACGCGCCGGGCUGGAAGGCUUUCACCCACCCAUCAUGGAUUAGUCCUCGCGCGCGCGCAAAAAAAUACUACAUCAUAAGGCUCUGAAAGCUGAACAUGUCCACUCCGAGUGAGCUCAAGUCUCCGUGUGUGACGCGGAACGGCAUGGUCAAGCUGCCUCCCCAGCCUAACGGCCUUGGCUCGGCCAGCAUCACCAAGGGCACGCCAGCCGCCAAGAACCGUCUGUGCCAGGCAUCUUCAGUCCCCCCGAGCCUGCCAUACCACUUAGAGGCACUUCCCAUGGCCACUGAUGCCAGGCAGUACGCUAAGCUUGAGAGGCAGCUAGCCCUCGAUGAGAAGGUAUUAAACCGGCUGCUAUGGUACUUCACCACAGCUGAGAAGUGUGCUCUGGCCCAGGUGUGUAAAACGUGGCGUAAAGUCCUGUACCAGCCCAAGUUCUGGGAGGGUGUGACCCCUGUCCUGCACGCCAAGGAGCUCUAUAAUGCGUUGGCCAAUGGCGAGAAGGAGUUUGUGAGCCUGCAGGCAUUCGCGCUACGCGGCUUCCACUCCUUCUGCCUGGUGGGCGUCUCCGACCUGGACAUCUGCGAGUUCAUCGACAACUACCCGCUGUCCAAGAAGGGAGUAAAGUCACUCAGCCUGAAGCGCUCCACCAUCACGGACGCAGGGCUCGAGGUGAUGUUGGAGCAGAUGCAGGGCCUGCUACACUUGGAGCUUUCGGGCUGCAACGAUUUCACCGAGGCAGGCCUGUGGUCGAGUCUGAACGCUCGGCUCACGUCGCUGAGCGUCAGUGACUGCAUCAACGUGGCCGAUGAUGCCGUGGCGGCUAUCUCGCAGCUCCUUCCCAAUCUGUGCGAGCUGAGUCUGCAGGCGUACCACGUGACUGACACAGCAAUGGCCUACUUCACGGCCAAACAGGGCUGCACUACACGUACGCUGCGCCUGCACUCCUGCUGGGAGAUCACCAAUCAUGGCGUGGUGAACAUGGUGCACAGCUUGCCCAACCUGACUGCGCUCAGCCUCUCAGGCUGCUCGAAGAUCACAGACGACGGUGUGGAGCUCGUGGCCGAGAACCUGCGCAAGCUGCGUAGCCUCGAUCUUUCCUGGUGCCCGCGCAUCACAGACGCUGCACUCGAGUACAUCGCUUGCGAUCUGCAUAAGCUUGAGGAGCUCGUUCUCGACCGGUGUGUGAGGAUCACAGACACAGGCCUCGGGUACCUCUCUACGAUGUCCUCACUUCGCAGUCUCUAUUUACGCUGGUGUUGUCAGGUGCAGGACUUUGGCUUGCAGCACUUGUUUGGUAUGAGGAGUCUUCGUUUUCUCUCUCUAGCAGGCUGCCCCCUGCUGACCACCACAGGCCUCUCAGGCUUGAUUCAGUUGCAGGAUCUGGAGGAACUGGAGCUGACCAACUGCCCCGGCGCCACAGCCGAACUCUUUAAGUACUACUCCCAGCACCUGCCGCGCUGCAUGGUCAUCGAGUAGACGAUGAAGAGCCUGCAUCCUCCUCAGCAUCGAAAAAACCUUCCUCCUUCAGACGAACGAAACCAGACUGAUGACUAAACCCCCAAAAUCAUCUUGAAACUCAUGAGGGGAAUCAACAGAAAAGGAAAAGACAGAGUCGAAGAUGAGGCAGUGCAAGAGGAAAAAAAGUGAAGCUGGUCGGAAUGUUCCAGAUAUUUCCGAUGUAUUCGCUGGCCUCGGCUGAUGUGCGAAAGUGACAUGAAUGUGAGCAACAUGAUCCGAGGCGUCAAGCUUCCAUCACAACCAUCAGCCUCCAUACAUAAAACAUGAACCAUGAAGUGAAAUAAAACUUUUUCUUUCAUCUUGCCAUUUUUUUUUUUCUUGGAGCAAAAAUGAACUCCGGAAUAUCAAGACAAGGAGAAGCUACGAAAAAGGAAGAAUGUGAAAGAAACUUUCCCUCUUUGCUAUAUUUACACUCCGUUUAGUGAAGUCGCCUCUGAGAACAUAACAAUACUCAAAUUAUUAGCCGUGAUAAUAACAGCUGCGUAGAUUUUUUUUUUUCCGCGUCAGCGCUGCACGCUUCCUUACUUGCUCUUCGUUGUCAUGCCGUUCCUCUUGUGUUCCUUCGGAAAUCUUAUUUUUUUAAACCGAUAUUUUGACGAGGAUUACUGUGAAAUGACUGCCGGGAACGUUUGGGAAUAAAAUACGAAUCCAGAUUUGAUGAA